AACACUUAACACAACAAAGGCAUAAAAGGCCACAUAGAAUUCGUAAUAAUACAAAAAAUACAGAAACUACGCCACGGAAAUUCAACUCUAAACAAAUAAUCAACAAUUUCGGGUAUCAAAAAAAUACACGUUUCGGCAAGCAAUCGCAAAACAAAUCUCGAAGCUUUGGCAGCAAUUGCAUUUCUAUUGGUAAAUUAGCCCCCACAACAACCACAAGUACAACACCCCAGCAGCAAAUCUAAAAUGGCACGCGGUCACCAGAAAAUUCAGUCGCAAGCGAAGGCGGCCGAGAAGCAGGCGAAGAUGAAGAAGCAGCAGGGUCACAGUGCCAACGAUCAAAAGAAGGCGGCCCAAAAAGCGCUUGUGCAUGUGUGUGUGCUGUGCAAGUCGCAAAUGCCGGAUCCCAAGACUUAUAAGCAGCAUUUUGAGAACAAGCAUCCGAAGAAUGAUAUGCCCGAGGAGCUGAAAGACUUGUAACUUGUGCCGGUGGCAGAAUACAAUAAAUAAAUACAUUACAUACAAUUUAAAUAUAUAUAGAGGAAAUGCAAAAUAAUUGAAUUCAAAUUAAUGAAGGAAAUAUCAACUAAAUGACGAGUUGCCUACCACUACGAUACAUAUAUAACAGUAAUAUUAAUAACUCUUGCAACAAUAAAAAUGUAAACAAUCAACAUACACAUUUUUUCGGGAUUCAAAACGCAAGCUGAAUUUUAAUAACAACAUGAAAAUCGUAACCACAUUCUUUUGCAUUGCCAACAGUAAUUUGUUUAUAAAGUGGCAAAAUGACAAGACAACACAACACAAUAAUAAUAAUAAUAACAAAUAGCCAUAGCCUUAAUACAUUACUAUUUAAUCUGGUAUUUGACUUUCUCUGCCGCCACAAACAUUAUUAUUAUUAUUAUUACAUUUUGCGUUUAUAAACAAUUCGUAUAUAUAUUUUAUAGUUUUAUACAUUUCAUGCAUGAGCUAAAAAAGAAACUAAAACGACAAAAAAAUGAGAAAAUGCGUUUUUUGUACUAUACAAAAUCUAAUGUAAAUGAGAAUUUAUAAAUACAAUAAAAAAAAAUUGGAAAAUUGUUAAGUAAACUGCGUCAAGUGGUAAAAAA